CCUAACUGCAUACCCUAUUAUAAGAACAAGAAAUAUCCCUCCAUUUUUGCAUACCGAUGAGAAAAAUCCCUAAUAGUAAAUACAAGAAAAAAAAAAAUGUUCAGGAACGCCAUGAUUCCUCUCGUCCUUGUUUGCUGCUGCUUCUUUUGGAAGGUUGAGUCUCAAGCUAAGAUUGCAUCAGCUUUAUACACAUUUGGAGACUCGACUGUUGUUUCUUGGAACGAUGUUAUCCUAAACACGCCUGGAAAAGCAAAUUAUGCACCUUAUGGCAUUGAUUUUCCUGCUCGUCCCAAUGCCAGGGUCACGAAUGGUGCUACCAUCAGUGAUUUCUUUGCUCAAUGGCUUGGAAUACAAAGCCCCCCUUCAUUCUUGAGUAUCAAUCCUAAAACAAGCAAGUUCUCCGAGGGUUUUAACUAUGCAUCUGGCUCGGCCGGAAUCCGUUCCGAGACUGGCACUGCUGAUCCUGGAGUUGUAAACUUGAGCAUGGAGAAACAAAUAGAGUUGUUCAGAAAGACAGUUCAAGAAUAUUUGCCAAGGCUUUUUAGCAAUGAAGCCGAGAUCCGAAACCACCUGUCAAAGUCUAUUUUUCUGGUUGUUGUAGGCAGCAACGAUUAUUCUCUCAAUUAUCUUUCAAGUCAAUACAAUACCAGUCGCAUUCUCAAUAUGGUACAAUUCGCUGAUUCCCUUGUGUACUAUCUCCAAACACAAUUACAGGAUUUGUUCUCGUUAGGAGCAAGAAAGUUUGUAGUGUUUGAGAUAGAGCCAAUAGGUUGUAAACCAGCUUUCCUCCAAACAGUAAAUUCCAAGGCACAAUGCGCAGAGAAAGUGAAUUCCUACAUAGCUUCUUACAAUCACAAGCUUGGUGUUAUGGUUCGAAGUAUGGGACUUAGAAACACAACAUUCGUUCUGGCCAAGAGGUACCAAUUCAUGAACGAUUUGAUGGCAAAUCCAACUCGUUAUGGUCUUAAAGAUUCAGUAAACCCAUGUUGUGCCGUUUCAAAAUCAGGGCUGUGCAUUCCAAAUAAAGCUCCCUGCCAAGACAGGAACUCGUAUGUCUUUUUUGAUGCAAAUCACCCAACUGAAGCAGUAUACAAGACAAUUGCUGAACAAUGUUUUAAGGGUACUGAUCAAUGUGUUCCAAUUAACGUCCAAGAACUUGCAAAGAGAUGAUGAAGAUAUUGUUCUCUCAAGAUUAACUAAAGUUUAUCUACGUGCAUGUUCUGUUCUCCCUCUCCUUUGUUAAUAUUAAUAUCUUUACCUCCAAAACUUGCUCGAUCGAGCACCUUGAUCUUCUCUCUCUCUCACUCUUUUCUAAGCAGUAAUGGGAAAUCCCACAAGUUUUGCUUUGA